UUUCCGAUUUCCGUGUUGUCUUGAACUCACCGUCUGUCUUGUAUUUACUGCGUGUCACCAGUUGAGUCCAAAAUAACGUCUAGCGGAGGUAGUUCACUAGCUAGCUGUUCAUCUAGCUACACAAAAGGAUUGCUCUUUUUCUUUAAUGAUUUUAUUCAUUCGCGUAAUUUUGUAGCUAGCGAAGUGAGCAGUAAAUCAAAUCCUCGAUAGCUAUUAAGCUAGCCAGCGAGCCUGCUAACGUAUCCCCAUUUGUGCUAUCUCGGCUAGCUAACUAGCUAGCUGCAGACAGAAGCAAUGUCCAUGUAACUGUCAUCGAUGCAUUAAACAUCUAGCGUUGUGUGACACAUUCAGGUUGCAGGCAAGCUGUGGGUGGUCUGUUUAACACUGAUUUGUUUGCCGAGUUCGAUUAGUCUCAGCACCAUGAGCCUGGUCCGUGUCGUGUGUCGUCACAAGACGGCCCUGGCCAUCGGAGGAGUGUGCCUCUUUGCUGUUGUCCUCCUUUUCCUCGCCAAGUGUACCUCGGAGACCCUAAAACAGGGCCAGGCCGACCCUCCAGGCCUAGCACCCCACGCUGCCCACUCCCAGCCCCGAGCAGAGCACCCUGAGCUCCCCUCACGCCCCAAAGACCUCUCGGCCUUCCUGGUGGUCCUCAUCACCACAGGACCCAAGUACACAGAGCGCAGGAGCAUCAUCCGUAGUACCUGGCUGGCUAAGAAGGAUCCGGAGGUUCUAGCUAUGUUCGUGGUGGGAACCGAGGGUCUGCCCGCAGAGGAUAUGCAGAACAUCAACACAGAGCAGGGGCGGCACAAAGACCUGCUCUUACUCCCCGCGCUGCGAGACUCGUAUGAGAACCUGACCCUGAAGCUGCUGCAUAUGUAUUCCUGGCUAGAUCACAACGUAGACUUCAAGUUUGUGUUAAAAGCGGACGAUGACACUUUUGCUCGUCUGGAUCUGUUGAAGGAGGAGCUGAAGACUAAAGAACCCAGCCGGCUGUACUGGGGCUUCUUCUCAGGCCGCGGUCGCGUGAAGACGGCAGGGAAGUGGAGGGAGUCGGCCUGGGAGCUGUGUGACUACUACCUACCCUACGCCCUGGGUGGAGGCUACCUGCUCUCCUGCGACCUCGUACACUACAUCCGAAUCAACACGGCCUACCUCAAGGUGUGGCAGAGCGAGGACGUGUCACUGGGGGCGUGGCUAGCCCCGGUGGACGUCAAACGGACACACGACCCUCGAUUCGACACGGAGUACAAGUCUCGGGGGUGUAGUAAUAAAUACAUGGUGACUCACAAGCAGAGCCUGGAGGAUAUGUUGGAGAAACAGCAGACGCUGCAGAGAGACGGGAGGCUGUGUAAGGAAGAGGUUAAACUCCGCCUGAGCUACGUGUACGACUGGAGCGUCCCGCCCUCACAGUGCUGCCAGAGGAAGGAUGGAAUACCCUGACCUAUAACCCCUAACCUUCCUCACUUUGUCCACCCAUGUAAUUCUCAUCAGUGUUUCCCCUACUACGGUUACCCAGGCGGUGUGGUGCUCCCCCUAAGCCUUACUCCGUUCUGUGGUGCCCCCCUUCCCUGUAAAAUAUUGUGCUGCCUUCAGUUGACCUCCAUAGAAGAUGUCUGUUAUGGCAGCCCGCCUAUGAAAAGACCUGAGGAAAACACUGAUCCCCAUUCCCUUUUUAUAUAUGUUUAUUUAUUCUGGAUCCUUUGCUGACUGUCCUAAAGCACACUGGUACAGGACUGGUACAGGACUGGGAGAGGACUGGUACAGGACUGGUACAGGACUGGGAGAGGACUGGUACAGGACUGGUACAGGACUGGGAGAGGACUGGUACAGGACUGGUACAGGACUGGUACAGGACUGGGAGAGGACUGGUACAGGACUGGUACAGGACUGGUAGAGGACUGGUAGAGGACUGGGAGAGGACUGGUACAGGACUGGUACAGGACUGGGAGAGGACUGGGAGAGGACUGGUACAGGACUGGGAGAGGACUGGUACAGGACUGGGAGAGGUCUGGUACAGGACUGGGAGAGGACUGGUACAGGACUGGUACAGGACUGGGAGAGGACUGGUACAGGACUGGGAGAGGACUGGGAGAGGACUGGUACAGGACUGGGAGAGGACCGGUACAGGACUGGGAGAGGACUGGUACAGGACUGGUACAGGACUGGUACAGGACUGGGAGAGGACUGGGAGAGGACUGGUACAGGACUGGUACAGGACUGGGAGAGGACUGGUACAGGACUGGGAGAGGACUGGUACAGGACUGGGAGAGGACUGGUACAGGACUGGGAGAGGACUGGUACAGGACUGGGAGAGGACUGGGAGAGGACUGGUACAGGACUGGGAGAGGACUGGGAGAGGACUGGUACAGGACUGGGAGAGGACUGGGACAGGACUGGUACAGGACUGGGAGAGGACUGGUACAGGACUGGGAGAGGACUGGUACAGGACUGGUACAGGACUGGGAGAGGACUGGUACAGGACUGGUACAGGACUGGUACAGGACUGGGAGAGUGGACCUGACUGGGUGCAGCCACACAACAGGAGACCGGCAUUUAUUAAUAACAGCACAUGUAUGUUGGGAGAAAGUGUACUUAAAGGAACCAGUAUUCAGCUUUCUGGUUGGACAAUGAAAAGACUCGAGUCAUUCCUGAAUCUGUUUAAAAUGUCCCGGAGACUCUCUUUAAGUGGAAGUGGCCCUAUUUAUGAAUGCGAUGGAAGUGAGGUGUAUCGCUUCAGAACAAUGGUACAGAAUGAGCCAGUCAUGGGUUGGUGGUAUUUGGAGUUGCAUUGAGACCAUGUGUAAUAUUGUAGGCCUCUCUCUCUCCCCUGCUUCCUGAGAGUUCUGUUCAGUUGGGAGAUUUAACCUACCUGCUGUCUGUGUUUGGUUGACGUAUUUACUAAGUGCAGUGAUGGUCAACAGAGCUGUUUGUGUUCAGCUGAGCUACUCUACAGGUCAUUUUCCAGCUGAUAUUCGGUUACUUUUAAACCCCCAAAAAAGGACUGCUUCUGUUACUGUCGUUGAAGAAACCAACCGUUGUAUUAUUGUGACCUCAACACCAGUGUUGUUUUAAACCUACUGUCAAACUACUUCAAUAUGAAUGUUUAAAAUAUUUGGACCUAUUAAAAUGUUUAAAAUAUUUGGACCUAUUAAAAUGUUUAAAAUAUUUGGACCUAUUAAAAUGUUUUUCAAACAUG